AACGGUUUAUUAUUUUAUCAUGUUUUUCAAAAAAUUUAAAAUAUUCCUUCUCGUGAUUUUUUUAAUUGUGAUAUGCACGUUUUAUUCUAAUUGGAAUAUUUUUAAACAAUAUGCUAAAAUUACUGGUGAACUUAUGAAACAUAAUAUAUUUUUAGAAUUCCCAAAACUGGUAGCACUUUCUUGAUGCAUAUUAUAUACAAAAUGUCGCGUGUUAAUAAUUUCAACGUGGUCUAUUUGAACACAUCAUUCAAACGAAACCUAUUAACUCCUAUGGAUCAAAUUCUGCUAGCAAACAAUAUUACCAGCUGGAUACCUGACAAAUCUUUCGUUUAUCAUGGACAUUUUAGUUAUUUCAAUAUUGAAAAAUUAGGAUCUAAAGGGGACAUUAGGAACGUCGUUUACGUGAAUGUUUUGCGGGAACCUUUUAACCGACUAGUGUCUUAUUACUACUUUUUAAGGUUCGGGGACGAUUAUAGACCCCACUUGAAACGCCAUAAAAUGGGUGACAAUAAAACUUUGGAUGAAUGCGUGGCUGAAAAUGGCUCUGAGUGCGACGCUAAAAUGAUGUGGAUUCAGAUACCUUACUUUUGCGGCCACUUCUCAUUUUGCCACCAGCCUGGAAAUGAGUUAGCCUUGCAACAGGCCAAACUCAACUUAGUUAACAAAUAUUUCCUAGUCGGAACUUUGGAACGUCUAAAAGAUUUCGUGGAAUUGCUGGAACACUCUCUCCCAACUGUAUUUGAUGGCGCUAUGUCCAUGUUUCAAGAGGCUUCGUUAUUGUCCAUUUCCAAACGCAAAACGUCCUACAAAAAAGAACCCAGCCUUUCCACUACAAAGCUCCUCAAAUCGAAUUCUAUAUACCUAAUGGAAAAAGAAUUUUACGAAUUCGCAUCACAAAUUUUCGAUUAUUUCUACCAAACUUCUAUGAAAUAUUCUCAUAAACCUAUAAAUUUGAAUGACGUUUAUCAAAAAAUAUAUAUAGGAUAGAGUAUUCAAGAGAAAUUUUAUUUCAAAUUACUCCCGUUUACAGGGUUCUCAUAACUAAUAUAUUAAAAAAUCUAUUAAAUUAACUAUAUUGAAAAUUUGGGGAUUCAAUUGGAAAUAUU